AUGGUCCCUUACCGCGUGGCGUUCGUUUCCGAUUUUUUUUUCCCAGGCUUUGGCGGGGUUGAGGUGCACAUCUACAAUGUCGCCCAGUGCCUGAUGCGGCGGGGCCAUAAAGUCAUCAUUAUCACCCGAGCCUACGGCGAGCGGGUGGGCAUUCGGUAUUACACCAACGGCAUGAAAGUGUAUUAUCUCCCCUUUCUCGCGGCGAAGCUCCCGCCGGGGUCGGUGACUUUGCCGACCUGGCUCGCGGCCUUUCCCCUUCUCCGGACGAUCUUCAUUCGCGAGCGGAUCACCGUCGUGCAUGGCCACCAAACCACCUCCAACCUCUGCCAUGAGGCCAUUUUCCACGCCGGGGCGAUGGGGAUCAAAACCUGCUUUACGGACCACUCGCUCUUCGGCUUCGCCGACGCGGCGUCGAUUCACAUCAACAAAGUCCUGGAGUGGAGCCUGCGAACGGUGGACCAAGUGAUCUGCGUGAGCAACACCUGCCGCGAGAACACCGUCCUGCGGGCGAAAAUCGCGCCCGAGCGGGUGAGCGUCAUCCCGAACGGCACCGACCACGCCAUGUUCACCCCGCCGGAGGAGAUGAAGUACAAAUCCUGGGCCUCCAAGACCGACAAGGACGGCCUCACCAUCGUCGUCAUCACGCGGCUGGUCUACCGCAAAGGCUCGGAUCUCUUUGUGGACGUGAUCCCGGAGAUCUGCCGGCGGCACCCGAAUAUUCGCUGGAUUAUCGGCGGCAAUGGGCCCCGGCGCUCCCAGCUCGAGCAGAUGAUCGAGCGCUGCGAUUUGAUGGGCCGGGUGAAGAUGCUGGGCGCGCUCAAACACACGGAGGUCCGCAGCGUCCUCACGCAGGGCCAGAUCUUCCUCAAUUGCAGUCUGACGGAGGCCUUUUGCAUCGCGUUGAUCGAGGCCGCCUCGUGCGGGCUGCUGACCGUCUCGACGCGGGUCGGCGGGGUGCCGGAGGUCCUUCCCCCACAUAUGCUGCUCCUGGCGGAGCCCGACCCCCUCUCCAUCGUCGCCGCCCUCGAGGAGGCGAUCCACAAAGUCCCUUAUCUCUCCCCGUGGGAGCUGCAUGAGAAUUGCCGGCGGUUUUAUAGCUGGGAUUGGGUCGCGGCGCGAACAGAGCGGGUGUAUGAUCGAAUUAUUAAUAUGCCUACCCUCUCGACCUACGAACGCUGCAUGAGCUACGUCUCGCUCGGGCGGGUCUUUGGGAUUAUUUGUUGGAUGCUCUACGCGGUCGAUUGGCUCAUGUCGGUCCUUCUGGAGUACUUUAUCCCGGUGGAAGGCAUCGAUAUCGCGCCGGACUUUCCUAUGGAGCUUUAUCUCCGAAAUAAGGAUAAGCUCAAGUUGACUUAG